AUGAAGCCACCUUCAUUUGACACCUUCUUAACUCCAUCUAUGUUGUCUAUGUACAAGGACUCCCACAAAAUAACCAAGUUGAAGCCGAAGAUUCGUAUAAUUCAUAUUGUUGAACCAGAAAUCAUAAAAACCGAUGCCGAAAAUUUUCGGGAGCUUGUACAAAAACUUACAGGUAAACCUGCUGCAGAAGUUAAAGGUACUACAAAGAAGGAGAAGCAUCAACUUAAGGGAAGUAUAAAGAAGGAGAGUAAUGUUCAAUCAAAAUCGUUAAGCACUUGCUGCGGUACACCCAAGAACAACAUAGAAUUAGCAGGAGUUAUGAAGGAGAUUGAAGGAGAAAUAUAUGGAGACUAUCCAAAUGGCUUUUUGAGGUUUCUUACAGAUGUUGAUGACUUUUUCUAUAAUCAAGACGAGAGUGAAUCUUCUAUACCCUCGUUUAAAUCUUCUCAAUUCGAGGAAAUACAGCUUCGUUAG